AUGAAGAAAGGACUCCUCCGGAAGAUUGACAACGAAAAGGUUACACAUGCGUUGUCUAAUGAUCCUUUUGAAACAACAGGCCAUAAGAAUAUAGUGGGCGAAAGUAUCAAUGCGUCGGUUGACAAAGAGUUUGACAAGAGUGGUGACGAUGGUAAUUCAACAACAAAGUAUAAGAAAGGUAAGACCAGCAAAGAAGGUAACUCUUGUAUUACAUUAACAAUUGGUAAGCCAAGAGAACAACUGGAAGAUUGUCUUGCGCAGAACACAAAGUUACCAAACGAAGAGGACAAUCAACCAUUGAAACGGACAGGAAGACGAGCAAAAAGAACGAAGGAAAAUAAGGUUAAGGCAAUAUGUGUACCGUUUAUGGACAAAUCAGAAGGUGACAAUAACGAAGAGAGUGAAAACAAAGAAUUGGAUCGGUAUCAUAUAAUCUGUAGUUUGACUCCAUUGGGCAUUUAUUGUGUUAACUUAGGGAAAUGUGCUGAUGAGAGUGGUACAACGAAGAAAAGAACACUAGCUUCUGAUACAAGGGAAGCUGAAUCUCGUACAACCCGGCGCAAAACAACAUCUGGUGGGUUAGGAAAACGAAAGAGGAGUAACAAGGAUGACAGAAAAGGAGGAUUUCAAACCUAUCAGCCGGUUGGGAAACUACAACUGUCUCCAAACUCCGGUAAGAAGACUUAUUUACCGGAGGUAGAUGAUUCGCUUAAGCCGAGGGAUAAGAUGACCUUUGACACAGUGAACAACGCAUUCCUCUUUUAUCAGAAGUAUGCAAUGGCUUCAGGCUUCACUGCCAGGAAGUCUUCUCAAUACACACAUCAUGGUGUUAUAAAAUCUAAAUGGUUUGUUUGCUCAAAGGAGGGGACUAAACCUUUUAAGGCGAUCGAUACAUCUAAAAAGAUUGACACCUCAAAUAAUGGGUCAAAGAGGAAAUCUGUUCGACGUGUUCCUUCUAUAAGGACUGGGUGCAAAGCACAUAGGCAUCUACUCCCCUCUAACCGAGGUAUGAACUAUAUGCAAGAGCAAGCCGUUAACGUGUUGAGUGCCUUGAACAUUGGCCCUGUGAAAGCGUUUAAUAUCAUGAGGACAUUGUAUGGUGGGUUUGACAAGGUUGGGGCAACCAAAAACGAUUUUAAAAAUUUCAAGCGAGACCUGAACAGGUAUAUAUCGGAGUUUGAUGCUGAUAUGAUGAUUAAACGGCUUUUGAGGAAGAAAGAGUACAUGCCUAACUUUUCAAUGGAGUAUAUAACAGACAAGAAUGGAGUUUUAAGGGGUUUGUUUUGGGCAGAUGAAGAUGCCAAAAGGAAUUUGUGUUUGGUGAUGUACAACAUGAUGUUUGUUCCAUUUACCGGCAUCGAUAAUCACAAUCGCAACGUUACUCUUGGUGCCGCUAUAAUAGGAAACGAAACUGCUGAAACUUACAGUUGGUUGCUAAAUGUGUUUCGUCAAGCAUUUGGUCGUGCCCCUCCGGUGAUUGUCACCGACCAAGACCCAGCCAUGAAGAAGGCUAUCGAAGAUACAUGGCCCGAGAGUAGACAUAGGCUAUGCAUGUGGCACAUCAUGGACAAGCUUUCUGCUAAGGUUGGUGCUACAAUCUGCAAUAAUACAGAUUUCAAAAAGAGGUUGUGUGCCAUUGUGUGGACCGAUUCAAUUCUACCAGUUAAGUUUGAAAGUGAGUGGGCUACCAUAAUGAACGAUUUUAACUUGGUUGAUCAUGAGUGGCUGCAGUCACUUUACCAAAUCAGGGAUACUUGGAUACCAGCUUAUUAUCGUGAGGAGGUCAUGUCCGGGCUUAUGCGUACCUCUAUUCGUUCAGAGAGCGAGAACCAUUUCUUUGGACAGUUCUGUAACCGGGGUUGCACACUUGUCGAAUUUCUCGGGCAUUUUGAUUCUGCUAUUGAAGCUCAGAGACAUGAGCACAGGAAGAAUGACCAUGACACCAGAAAUACAAACGCUGAAAUAUGGGCUGAAGACUUUGUUUUGGAGGAUCAAGCGUCCAGGAUAUACACACGCACUAUAUUUUUUGACCAGCAGUUGGAGAUACAAAACGGUAUACACAGAUGUGCUAUCGGAAAGUGGGAAAACAUGGGUGACUUCGUUAACUUUUUUGUGAAGGACUGGGAACAACCAUGCACUACUUUCUUCGAGGUUAUGAUGCGGGAGGACGACAUGACUGUGUAUUGUACAUGCAAAAGAUUUGAACAGUUUGGGGAGUUUCCACAACGCUAUAUAUUACGACGUUGGACUCGGGAGGCUGUUCCAAAUAGUGCCCCUGGUGCUAUUCUAGGUAUCAAUGAGACUGAGGAUCGUUAUAAUGAAGUUAACCGUGUUGUACGUGAGAUCACAUAUUCUACAGAGUCGGUUAUUAAUCAGCUUGUCACCAACUUUGAUGCGCUAUGCUCGUUCAGGGACCAUGUUGUUAAUUAUUUCAAAACUGCGGAUGCGUCUGUCGUCAAUGCUCCACCUAAGAGCCGUCGUGAAAGGUUUGCCGAAAUUACUAGUAACACAAAACCAUCAGAAGCAACCGUUCGUGUUCCCAUUGGAACAAGAUUCCAAGGUAUGGGUAAGCCUAAACGGAUGAAGUCCAAACGUGAAAUUGCAUUAAGUCAGUUGGGUAAAAAGAGCCGUCAAUGUCAAAACUGUUUUAGAUACGGUCAUAAUAGAUGUACUUGCAAAAACCCUACCCGGACUAAAGAACAAGCUAUGGCCGAGGAUGACUGUGAAGAAGAUAUGGAUGAAUAA